AUGGCAGACCUUGAUAGCGUUGAGGGCUUGACUGAACUUGGGAAGACCCACCCGGAGUUAGAAAAGCAUCUCGCUACCGCUGAACUCAGCCCCGUGGUAACUUUACCCUUCGAACAGGUAGUGAAUCUAGCCAAAAGCCAUCCUCAGCCUGCGCCACCGACUUCGGAUCUGGAGUUCACUGCGCAAGCAUUGAUGAGAGACGGCUACCAGAAUGAAUACCGAGUUCAUAGACCCGACGACUCAUCUAUCACCCCACUUGUAGUCCUUGUUCAUGGGGGCGGAUUUGUCAUCGGCCACAAUAGCCACAUCAGCGUCUACUCGCGAGCCAUCGCCAAGCUUUACGGUGUGACCGUCGUGAAUGUGUCUUACCGACUCGCCCCGGAGCACCCAUUUCCUGCAGCACCAAACGAUGUCUGGGACGCUCUGAAGUGGUUUACGCGACCGGAAGCUGCAAACGAGCUCAAGUUCGACACCUCGUUGGGGUUGUACAUCGGCGGUGUCUCCGCCGGUGCAAACUUGGCCGCAGUCACCGCGCAGCGAUGGGUCACAGACCAAGAGUCUCCUAAACUGAACGGCGUGUGGCUCGGCAUACCGUAUAUGCUGGAAGCAGACCUUGUCCCGUCCAAGUACAAGCACCUCUGGUUUUCGAGAGAACAAAACGCGGAGGCACUGAUCAUCAACAAGAAAGCAAUCGAAUUCUGCACCAAGGCUUACGCGCAUGACUUUUCGUCUCCUCACUGGUCUCCAUUCGCCGCGGCCAAUCCACACACUGGCAUGCCUCCCGUGUACAUCCAAGUCGCUGGUCAGGAUCCUCUGAGAGACGAUGGGAUUAUCUACGAGAAGGUACUUCGGGAGCAUAAGGUGUCGACAAAAUUGGAUGUUUACCCUGGUGUUCCCCAUGGGUUUGCUGAUGUGUUUCCUGAGCUUGCAAUCGCUCGCAAGGCUGCUCUUGAUACUGUAGCUGGGUUUGGCUGGUUGAUGGAAAAAGAAGUGGAGGAGGCGGCGAUUGCGAAGGCAUGGGACGAUUCUGUUGCUAUACAAAAAUCCGCCUAG